CCGACUACCGACUCCCGAAGUCCCGAUUAGUUAUUACUAAUUACAAUUUAGAAUUUAUGUGUGUCAUAAUUGUAACUUGUUUUGUUCAAUAAAUUUUCGUUCCAAGUUUUGUAAAUUAUUAUAAAUUUACAGUAAACGCUUUAUUUCUUGAUCUCGUCUGUGUUUAUUAAACAGCUAAAAUGGUCGUCAAAGAAAUCAUGAACGAUUCCCAGUUUCAAGAAGAAUUAAACGCAAACGGCUUGAAGCUAGUUGUUGUAGACUUCUCCGCUACAUGGUGCGGUCCGUGCAAACGUGUUGCGCCUCUGUAUGAUGAACUCUCCAAUAAGUAUGACCGUGCAGUGUUCCUUAAAGUGGAUGUUGACAAAUGCCAGGAAACUGCCGCCAGUCAAGGUGUAUCGGCAAUGCCGACUUUCAUUCUGUAUCGCAAUAAGAUCAAAGUGGCAAAGAUCCAGGGUGCUGAUAUCGCUGCUGUCGAAUCAAAAAUUGUUCAGCUGUAUGAAGCAGCAUGUGCUGCUUCUGGCGAAGACUGUGGAGUACCUGGUCAGAUGGACCUUAACUCAUUCAUUAUGAAAACUCAGUGUGAGGCUCUCAAUGAUUCAGAUGACCAUCCACUGUCGGCGCUCAUUGAAAAAAGUGGCUAUAUUGAAUCAGAUUGUGAUCAGCAACUUAUUUUAUCAUUAACUUUCACACAAUCUGUCAAAGUGCAUUCUAUUAAAGUUAAAGCGCCUAAAGAUAAUGGACCAAAAUCGUUGAAGUUAUUUAUUAACCAACCAAACACCAUAGAUUUUGAUGCAGCAACAUGUAAUUUAGCUACACAAGAACUUGAAUUAAAACCUGAUGAAUUAGAUGGUAAAAUUGUGAACUUGAAAUAUGUAAAAUUCCAAAACGUCCACAAUCUACAGAUAUUUGUUAUUAACAAUCAAACUGAUGAGGAAGUAACAAGAAUAGAUAGCUUGGAUAUUAUUGGAAUGCCUAUAUCUACAACUAACAUGGGUGAUUUCAAACGUGUUGCUGGUAAAGUGGGAGAAGCUCAUUAAAAACGAUGAUGUAUAAAAAUUAUAAACCAUAUGAUGUGUGUACUAAAUAAACAGUUUAAUAUAAUAAUUA